UGCAUAAAGGCUCGUGGAAACCAAUUAUUUGCUUCCUCCUUCAGCCUGCGUCUCUCCAACUCCGCACCGUGCGACCCUCUCUCUCUGCUGUGGAAGUAUAUGUGUGAAUAAGCACCGUGUUAUAGCUUAUAGCCGCUCUCCCACACAUUUUCUAGAGUUUAUCUCUUUUCAUCCAAUUUCUACCCUCUACCAAAUUUAGGACAUCAUCAUGGCCGAUGCUGAUCAGCCCUGGGGCCGACGCCUCGUCAUUUGUUGCGAUGGUACCUGGCAGACCAGUGUCAGCGAAAAGGAGAAUGUCCCCUCGAACGUCACAAAAUUAUGCCGCCUCAUCAAGCGGUACAGCGAGAAAAAGACAGACAAGGCCAGAAACUGGCACCAACUCGUGUACUAUGACAGUGGCAUCGGAACUGGCAGCCUAAGUGGCGUGGAGGCCGCUCGUCAGGGCGGCACAGGUGCUGGUCUCAUGGAGAACGUGAUUGAGGCAUACAACUUCAUCGUCCUGAACUACCAAGAGGGCGAUGAAAUCUUCUGCUUUGGGUUUUCACGUGGGGCGUUUACUGCACGCGCAGUAUCCGGGUUGAUCGCAGACAUCGGUGUUAUCAAACCGCUUGAGAUGCAGUACUUUCCACGGAUUUACCGUGCCUACAUGAGGUACGGCAGCGAGGAAACCAAGGACCCCAAGACCGGCAAGAGCAUUGGUAUUCAGGCUGCGAUUGACGCUAAGGCGGGCAAAUGCUUCCGCGAGUCUGAUGAAUGGAAGAAGCUCAUCAACUUGGGAACUUUCAUUGACCAGCCGCCUACUGAUGCCAGUCGCCAGAUCAAGGUCGUCGGUGUCUGGGAUACUGUGGGUAGCUUGGGCAUGCCAGACUUGGCGGGUCAGAACCUCGGAGGUCUGCGAAAGAAGUAUGGAUUUCACAACGUCAAGUUGUCAAGCCAUGUCAGUCAUGCAUACCAUGCUCUAGCUCUGGAUGAACGCCGAUCGGCUUUUCGACCCACUCUGUGGUACAUUGAUGCGAAUUCAUUCAAAAAAGGCGGCUCGAACGAAGGCAAAACUAUGCCCGAGUUGAAGCAAGUCUGGUUUCCUGGUGUCCAUGUGAACUGCGGAAGAAUGGGCCGCCGCGCCCACGCCGUCCUGGGCACGAGCAGAUGGAGAUUGAAGGCGAGUGGACCGACAUCAAAGGUCGUCGCGACGCACCGACGGGCUUCAAGACACACGAGUACAUCCACCCGCUCGUUGAGUACCGGCGCGCGGUGCUUACGAAGUGGGACAAUUGGGCCUGGGAGACGGCGCACCCGCUUAGAGACUGGCGGCGCGCGGUACGGACCGAGAGCGACGGGAGUGCGCGCCACUGGUGGUACAGGCCUGGUGGGGAUGACGAUGAUAGGCUGCCCGAGUGGUGCGUGUUGCCUGACACCAAGGUCGAGAUUAACUAUGAGCGCACGUGGUACAAUGCCACCAAGCAGAUGAACUCAAAGAACAGUAAGAAGAAACAGUUGUUGACUUACUUGGAGGAUCUGGAUAAGGAGAUCAAGUUCGAGCCGAAGAGGAUGAACGAGUGGGAGCUGUAAGCUACACACCCACAGGAAUUCCCUAGUCCUUACUUGUCUUGGGGAAAAUGGAAAUUGGGCAAGGUGGGUUGAGGAGAAAUUGGCUUUGAGGUGUAAGAAAAGCG